AAAUUCGUCAAAAGAAAACAUACUCAUAUAAGGGUUUAUGCUUCACCGAUUAGAUUCUCUUCUCCAUCUCCCAUUUUUCUAAUCCAAAUCGCUUGCUUUCUGUUCUACUAAGUUUAGGUUUGUGGCUUCUGAAGAUAUCAGUGAAGAAUUCUUGUCGUUGAGGCUAAAUUCAUGUGUUGUAAGUUAUGAAUAAAACGAAUGGCUGUUCAAUGUGGAAACCUAUCGAAUGAAUAGUUUCAGAGUAAAAAGAAUUCAAAGGUGUAUAGCUUAAUAUCUGAUUAAGUACCUUUCAAGGUUGACAUAAGUGUUGGUUUCACAAAAUAUGUUUAAGCGGGUAUUCCAGAAUGCAUGGAGCAACAAAGGGGUUUUUGAAUUUCAAAGGAACAAAAGUAGGCCAAUUUGGUAUGCCUUAACUCAGAGCAUUCACAGUGGACAGGUUAAUUAUGCUCCAAGAAGCUUCUUCGGGGUGGAGGAUUUCCAAGACGAUGAUAAUAGUUGUCCAUACACUUACCAGAAGGAUAAGAAAUCAAGGAACCCCCACAAGCAACUUUCAUUCAAGCAGCGGACAGUAGCAUACAUGGAACCAUUUACGCUGGAUGUCCUCAUUUCCAAGCGGUUUGUCUCAGCAUCUCUGACACAUAGAGUGACCUGUAAGCAGGUAGCAGUUGCUGGCACAAAUUCUAAAGACAUCAAAGCCGUUCUUAACUCUAGGUCAGACAUACCUGCGUGCAUAGCUGUUGGUAAAAUCUUAGCUGAUAGGGCAAGAGAGGCCGAUGUUUACACAGCAUGUUAUACUCCGAGGGAGCGUGAUAAGUUUGAAGGGAAGAUUAGGGCAGUAGUUCAGUCUCUCAUAGAUAGUGGAAUUGAUGUUAAAGUGUAUCUCGAUUGAAAGAGUACUGUCAUUUUCUAAUGGGAUAGGGUCAUCAUAUAUAUCAGUUCCAGUUCUA